AUGGCGAAAAAGAAAACACAAAUUAUAACUCCACGAGGAACUAUCACACUACCACGAGUCAUCACAGAUGUGAGAACUCCACGAGGGACUAUCACAGUACCACGUGUCAUCACAGCUGUGAGAACUCCACGAGGUACUAUCACACAACCACGUGUCAUCACAGCUGUGAGAACUCCACGAGGGACUAUCACACUACCACGUGUCAUCACAGCUGUGAGAACUCCACGAGGGACUAUCACAGUACCACGUGUCAUCACAGCUGUGAGAACUCCACGAGGGACUAUCACACUACCACGUGUCAUCACAGCUGUGAGAGGUCCACGAGGAACUACCACAUUACCACGUGUCAUCACAGCUGUGAAAAUUCCACGACGGACUAUCAUACUACCACGUGUCAUCACAGCUGUGAGAACUCCACGAGGGACUAUCACAGUACCACGUGUCAUCACAGCUGUGAGAACUCCACGAGGGACUAUCACACUACCACGUGUCAUCACAGCUGUGAGAACUCCACGAGGGACUAUCACAGUACCACGUGUCAUCACAGCUGUGAGAGGUCCAGGAGGGACUAUCACUGUACCACGUGUCAUCACAGCUGUGGUUACUCCACGAGCUGUGAGAGGUCCAGGAGGAACUACCACACUACAACGUGUCAUCACAGCUGUGAGAACUGCACGAGGGACUAUCACAAUACCACGUGUCAUCUCAUCUGUAAAAACUCCACGAGGGACAAUCACACUACCACGUGUCAUCACAGCUGUGAGAGGUCCAGGAGGAACUACCACACUACCACGUGUCAUCACAGCUGUGAGAACUCCACGAGGGACUAUCACAGUACCACGUGUCAUCUCAGCUGUAAGAACUCCACGAGGGACUAUCACACUACCACGUGUCAUCACAGCUGUGAGAACUCCACGAGGGACUAUCACAGUACCACGUGUCAUCUCAUCUGUAAGAACUCCACGAGGGACUAUCACACUACCACGUGUCAUCACAGCUGUGAGAGGUCCACGAGGAACUACCACACUACCACGUGUCAUCACAGCUGUGAGAACUCCACGAGGGACUAUCACAGUACCACGUGUCAUCUCAUCUGUAAGAACUCCACGAGGGACAAUCACACUACCACGUGUCAUCACAGCUGUGAGAGCUGUGAGAGGUCCAGGAGGAACUACCACACUACCACGUGUCAUUAUAGCUGUGAGAACCCCACGAGGGACUAUCACAGUACCACGUGUCAUCUCAUCUGUGAGAACUCCACGAGGGACAAUCACACUACCACGUGUCAGCACAGCUGUGAAAAUUCCACGACGGACUAUCAUACUACCACGUGUCAUCACAGCUGUGAGAACUCCACGAGGGUCUAUCACAGUACCACGUUUCAUCACAGCUGUGAGAACUCCACGAGGGACAAUCACACUACCACGUGUCAUCACAGCUGUGAGAGGUCCACACAGCUGUGACAAAUUCCACGAAGAACUAUCAUACUACCACGUGUCAUCAUUCCACGACGGACUAUCAUACUACCACGUGUCAUCACAGCUGUGA